AACGUGUCCGCAUGCGCCUUGAACCAGAACGAGCAAGCGAAACGAGACAGUCCAAUUCGUAAGAGCCUUCCUAGCAGCUCGUCGAGGAGCAGGAGGGAGCAGACUUGGGGCCCGGCAGACCAGCUGGAUCACAAGCGGGCAGCAAAAUAUCACAAGGAAGCAGAAGCAGAGCCGACGCGGAGCAGGCUGAACGAUGUUUAUAAGCAGCACGAGAGGAAAGAGGGCCAGACAACAAAGAGAGACAAGGGCCAAGAGUCGCAGUCAAGACCCGCAGAAAAUGCCGGAAAAGAUUCGGAGCAGAAGCCGACGGAGUCAAGAAGGUCCAAGUCCUACGUGUCCAUCUACAACCAUCGCAAGAUCGAGGAGCGAGCGGAGGACCGGGGUUCACCUAGUCUGCCCAGCUGAUGCUUGAACAACAUGACGUCACACAAACCC